UGGGGAUGCUGGGCUCACACGCAGGCGCGGUACCUUGCAGGCAGUGACGGGGACAGCUGUGCGGGGCGGUGUCGGGGUCCUGAGUGCGGGGCAGAGCUGGCAGCUGGGCGGCGGAGCGGGAGCGGAAUGGGCACUCCAGUGAAAGAUGUGGUUCUCAAAGCUGAUGCUCCCACUGUUCUGUUACUGGAUAAACAUUCUGACUACAUCGCCUCAUAUGGAGCAAAGAAGGAUGAUUAUGAAUACUGCAUGUCAGAAUAUUUGAGGAUGAGUGGAAUCUAUUGGGGGCUGACCGUUAUGGAUUUAAUGGGGCAACUGCAGCGCAUGAACAAAGAGGAAAUCCUACAGUUUGUCAAGUCAUGUCAGCAUGACUGUGGGGGAGUCGGAGCUAGUAUCGGCCAUGAUCCACACCUCCUUUAUACCCUGAGUGCUGUGCAGAUCCUUUCUCUCUAUGAUAGUCUUCAUGUCAUUGACGUUAAUAAAGUUGUUGAGUAUGUUAAAGGCCUCCAACAAGAUGAUGGUUCCUUUGCUGGUGACAAAUGGGGUGAAAUAGACACCAGGUUCUCUUUUUGUGCUGUUGCAACUCUGGCACUAUUGGGGAGACUCGAUGCCAUUAACCUAGAAUCAGCAGCAGAAUUUGUUUUAUCCUGUAUGAACUUUGAUGGAGGAUUUGGAUGUCGACCAGGUUCUGAAUCUCAUGCUGGGCAGAUAUAUUGCUGCACGGGGUUUCUGGCUAUUACAGGCCAGUUGCACCAGGUUAAUGCUGACUUGCUGGGUUGGUGGUUGUGUGAGCGGCAGUUACCAUCUGGGGGCCUCAAUGGACGACCUGAGAAGUUACCAGAUGUUUGUUAUUCAUGGUGGGUGCUGGCCUCUCUGAAAAUCAUUGGGCGACUACACUGGAUUGACAAAGAUAAAUUGAGCCGUUUCAUUUUGGCCUGUCAGGAUGAGGAAACUGGUGGGUUUGCAGACCGGCCUGGAGAUGUGGUUGAUCCCUUUCACACUUUGUUUGGAGUGGCCGGCCUGUCCCUGAUGGGAGAUCAGCGGAUAAAGCCAGUUAACCCAGUGUUUUGCAUGCCAGAGGAUACCCUACGGAAAAUUGGCAUCCAGCCUGAGCUACUGCACUAAAAGGAUUCAAAGGAUGACUUCCUGGUGCUGUUUGAAGGCUGUUGUGGACAGAUCAAAGUUUAACAAAGGGUACUUCAACACCUACCAUUUCACUUGGAGUUUGGCAAUAAUUUGUAGGUUUUAUCUGAUACCUGGAAUCGGUUUGUAUGGUUUCUACUAUGUAUCACUGCUACAACGGAUUGAGGAGGUGUAAUACUGCCCUUCAUUUUUCACAUACCUUCAGUCAUGGCAACCAACUUCAUUUCUAGCUGGGCUUGUUGUAAUAUACUUGCUGACUUACAUACACUAACAACAUUUAUAAAUUGUUUUGUGAUAUAUAUUUAUAUAUCUCAUGUAUACAAAUAUAUUAUUUAUAUGUACUUAAAUUUUGACUGUUAGUGAUCUGUUGAGGAGGGCUGGUGUUUGGACUGUGUAGCGUUUUGGGUUGAGAUACAGAAAUGAGUAAAUUGCUGUUGAAUUUCACAGGAUUCCUAAUGCAAACGAAUGAUCCUAAAUUCAGGAUUGUGGAACUAAAUUACAGGAUAUUUUUCAAGUACAUCCUAUAUUUGCUUUAAACGUAAAUUUUAAUAAUGGGUUGGUUUUAAUUUGUCAGAUAUCAGUCCAGCCUAGCUGUUGAACUCAGGUGGACUUCGAAGCUCCCCAAGAAUAUCUACAGAUGGAAUGGGUGAGGGGAAUAUUUUAUCAGUUUUAGAAAAAAUCUUUAAAAAUUGAUGCAUCAGAGUAGAGUUGAAUACAUCUUUUCUGUUUAUAUGCUGGGGAUUUACUUUACUCUGAAAUUCUGUCUAAAUGCUAACAUAGAAAAAUAGGAGCAGGAGUAGAUCACACAGUCCCUUGAGCCUGCUCUGUCAGUCAAGAUCAUGGCUGAUCAUCUACCUCAAUGCCAUGUUCAUGUGCUUUUCCCAAAUCUCUUGAUAUGAGAAAUGAAAAAUUUACCAGUUUUUGUCUCGAACAUACACAAUGAUUGAACUUUCACAGUCAUUUGGAGUAGAGAAUUCCAAAGAUUUUGAGCAAAGAAAUUCUGCCCCGUCUCAGUUCUGCGACUGUGCACCCUGUUUCUUGAAGCUCUCCACCAACCGGUGCAGCAACACCCUUCCUGCAUCUAUCCUGCUGAGUCCUUUAAGAAUUUUGUAGUUUUCCAUGCUAUCACUUCUCAUUCUUGUAUAUUCCAGAGAAUAAAGGUCCAAUCUCCUUGGUCUCUCUCAAUCGGACAGUUCCACUGUCUCCGUAUUCAUUCCAGUAAGCCUCCAUUAUUCGCCCUCUGUGGCAAGUGCAUCCUUCCUUAGGUACAAGAACAAGAACUGCACAAAGUACUCCAGAUUCAAUCUCACCGAGGUUCUGUACAGUUGAAGAAAGAAAUCUUUACUUCUGUACUCAACUUGUCUUGUGGUAAUGUCCAAUGCACCAAUUGCCUUCAUAAAUGCUUGCAAUGCCUGCAUGUUAGAUUUCAUGUACAAGGACACCCAGAUCACUUUGAACAUCGACACUUUCCAAUCUCUCAACAUUUAAGAAAUACUCUGCAUGUCCCUCCUACCGAAGUGGAUAACCUAACGUCGAUCCACGCUGUAUUUCACCUGGUGUGUCUUGCCCACUUACUCAGCCUGUCUAAAUCCCUUAAAGCCUGUUUGCAUAAUUCUCACAAUAUACAUUCCUCACCAGUUUUGUGCCAUCUGCAGACUUGGAAAUAUUACACUUGGUCCCAAUAUCCAUCUGAGUGCCCAUGCUCAGAUCCUUGUGAUACUGCACUAGGUACAGCCUGCCAACCAGAUACUGAACCAUUUAUUCUAAGCUGUUUUCGCACGAAGUAACCUCAACCCAACCCAGUAUAUUACAUCCUAACCAUGCCUGUAUAUCACCUCAAAUCCAUGGCAGUAUAUUACUCCUUAUCCCAUGUGCUCAACUAAUCUCCUGUUUGGAAUUUUCAAAAGUCUCCAAUAGAUCCAAAUAUGUCACAUGCACUAAUGUAUUCUUCCUUGUGUAUAGUGUAUUCCUCUUUGUGUUUCGUAAUUCGUUCUUAUGUACUCAGCAGCAAUACAAUGCAAAUUGGAAGAAGGUACACUUUAUUUCAGCAACACAAACAAAAUACUACAGAUGCUGGAAAUCAGAAUUAAAAGCAGAAAAUGCUGAAAAUACUUAGCAGGUCUGGCAGCAUCCACAGACAGAGGAACCUAGUUAAUGCUUCAUGUCAAGGUUACUUUCAUCAAGCUUUAAUUCAGGUUUUAGUAAUUUUGGAUAGUAUAGUUAAAUUUGUACUUCACAGAGAUCAUCUAUUCCUUUUGUAAUUAAAGUUGGUUUAUUGAGGUACCGUAACCAUGUUUAAUACCAUCCUAUUAAAUCUCUUUUUUUUGUUCUUCUGCCCUUCGGUUUAAUGAUUUGGGCAAGCAAAUGUGGCAGUAGAUAGAGUUAGUGCUGUGGGUGAGACAGAAUAACGUGGAGCAGUUUAAAUGGUUUAAUUGAAAGACAAUAAAUGAAUCAAAAAGAGCUGUAGAACCUCAGACUGGAAGCAAAAUAGGAAGAGGUUGAAGUGUGUGUGAGCAAGAACUGCAAGUGUCAUAUGAAGAACUGAAGUAAACUCUAAAGCAGUAGAGACAGCUGUUGAUUUAGAUGCAAUAUUAUUGUCGAGGAAAGAGACAGGUUUCUGCAGUUCAAUGGUAUUUUUCUGGCCUGGGAAGAAAAGAUUUCUGAUUGCUUGUCCUUGAAACAAAUGAAAUAAUAACAAUAAUCUUCCUCAAUAAAUGUUUACAUUUGUUUCUUUAGAAAUAGGAAGCCCUCACUUAAAGUUGUGGUUGUGUUGUUGAAAAAUCAUGACUUUAAAUGAAACGUUUAAGUGAACCAAUGUUACAACUGGAGUUAUGUCCUGUACUCGUACAUGUAAUUUAAAGAGCUAAAUGCCUGUAUUGGUAAAUAAAUAACUAUUAAAAUACAUUUUUUAUACAUUAAAAUGAAAUGUUGUAUUUCAACAUGUUGUACACAACAUUUCAGUACUUACAGAAUCUCCUGUAGUGGAUCCUCCAAGAGUGCAGACCAGGGCAUUGCUGCAUGGGGUCUUUGUCCUGGGAGAGGCCAUAUGCUCACUGGACUCUGGGCCACGUGCCACUGUUGUUUGUUCCUGGGCACGUCGGGCCACUGUCUGGUGCCAUCAUUUUGGGGGCUGCAGUGCCCGUUUUUGUAGGUCACCACCACCUCUGAGGUUCACUUGGGCUGCCAACCGGUGGGGCUGUGCCUCUUGGCUGACUGUGGGGUACGGGCUUUCCCCUCCUCCUUGAUCUGACCAGAGGGGUGUUGGUUUUAGCAGGGGCUUGUUGGUUCCCCCCCACCCCGAGCUGUGCUUUCUGGGUGCUGGCCAAGGCUGUGACGCUCCUGUGGUGGUCAGUGUCUAUAGGUGUGAGGCUGGAAAAGCAUAGCAGGCUAGGCAGCAUCAGAGGAGCAGGAAAGUCAACAUUUUGGACCAAGACCCUUCGUCAGGCCUGAAACGUGGACUUUCUUGCUUCUCUGAUGCUGUCUAUCCUGCUGUUCUUUUCCAGCCUCUCACCUUUGGACUCUGCAGUCCUUAUUGUCUCCAGGCUGCUGUGUUGGAUUGUGGCUUUCAAAUGUUGGAUCAGUGAGAGGAAGCUGGCAGGUUUUUGUAUCAAUCAGGUCAGGUAUUACACAAUUUGAUCAACAUUAAGUUGGAUCUUGCAACGCUUAGCAAAACUUCAGGCUCCAUUCAUGAAAUGACAUUAAAUUGAAAAUGCUGCACAAGGUUUCGUUAAACAGAGUUCCUGUAACUCUUGAGGUCCGCAUUUCCUUUGGAGCUUUGAACCACUUGAAAGGUGCUGCUCUUCUGUGUAAUCUUCUGGGGAAAAACGUCUUUAUAACUUAAAUAAUAAUGGUACUGGUAAAGUAUUUGGGAUUGUGUAGCAUAUUAGUGAUCACAUUAAACUGAAAAAGUAAACAUUUUUCUGAAGUGCUGUAUUCCUACAGUAAUGACUGUAAAUUGUCUUUUUGUGGCCAUCUUAAACCAACUUUAGUUCAACAUAUUUAUUUCAAAGUAAAAAUGUGUAUUUGUCAUGAUUUAGCUGCAGUACCUUGAGAAUUUGACGCUAGCAAAUGUCUCAUUGAAAUGGUAUGCUAAUUUUACGCGUUUAAAUAAAACAUAACUGUUGUAUUUGUGUGUAUUUUAUGUUCUGUUUAAGUCAUUUCUAAGUAAAAUUAAACAUUCUCUAAGAGCCAGAGAGAAAAGUAAACUCUUCCUCUCAUA